UUUCACUGUGCUUUGACUCGGGGGUGUUGUUUAUCCUCCGCGUAUUUUGUAAAAGGUUGUGAUAUGCUCGAGUGUUUUUGGAUUAUUUGUACUUCAGACUAAACGAAAAGUACCUACCUUACAAGCGAUGAGGUGCUGUUGCAGGCGGGCGCCCUGAGCGGGCCGCGCCGGACCGGUAGCCGCCGCCGCUGCCGCCGCCGCCGCCAUGGAGCUGAAGGUGUGGGUGGACGGCAUCCAGCGGAUCGUCUGCGGCGUCACCGAGGCCACCAGCUGUCAGGACGUGGUGUACGCGCUGGCACACGCCACCGGCCGCACCGGCCGCUUCACGCUCAUCGAGCGGUGGCGGAACAACGAGCGGCUGCUGGCGCCGCAGGAGAACCCGGUCAAGGUGCUGAUGAAAUGGGGCGAGUACUCGAGUGACGUGCAGUUCAUCCUCCUGCGCUCGCCGCUGGAGGCCAAGUCUCCGUCCCGCGCGCGCCGCUCGGGCCGCUCAUCCCGUGGCCCGUCCGAGCCGUCCCCGCCGAGUCCCGACACCAGCACGACCGUGCUGUCGCCGGAGCUGCAGCGGCGCCGCUCCGAGCUGCGGCUGCUGGAGCACGUGAAGCGCGGCACGGUGGGCGUGGUGCGCGGCGUGCAACAGCGGCCCGCCGACGAGCCGUGGCCGCCGGCCGGGCCGGCCGCGCCGCCGCCCCCUCCGCCGCCCCGGCUGACCGACAAGCCGGGUCUGAACGACAGCGUGUCGAGCGCCGACACCAGUCUCAAUACUAGUCACGACCGGGUGCCGGGUCUGCGGCGGGCCGGCGAGGCGGCGCCGUCUCCGGGGCCGCGGUUCAGCACUCCGCCGCCGUACCGGGACCCUCCGCCGCCGGCGGCGGGCCGGGCGGGGCCGCGCCGGCCGCCGCCCUACCGCGAGCCGCCACCGCCGCCGCCGCCGCCCGGCCGGAGUCCGUCCGGCAGCGGCAGCAGCCAGUCCAGCAGCCCGCUGCGUCCGGCGCCGCCGCCGCCGCCGCCGGCCGCGCCCCUCUCUAGUCAGAUCCCGGAUGGCUCCGGCACUCCGCCCGGACACCCGGCAAAGGGGCGCGGGCCGGGCCGGCGGCUCGCCACCGACCAGUAUGCCAUGGAGGAGGUGGUCUACAACAGUCAGUACCGGGAGCUCCUCUCGGUCGUCAACGCGCAGAAACACCAGCUCAGCUCUCUCCAGGCCGACGUCACAAAGUGUGACGCCGAGAUUGUGUACCUGGAAGAGUUUCAGCGAGAGCAGGACGUUCAACUGUCAGCCGUUCGCUCCGAGGCCAGUCGCCUGGAGGCGCUGCUGGCGGAGCGAAAUCAGGAGAUUGCCGAGGCAGAGGAGAAGGCAGAGGAGCUGAGGAGGGAGUCCGAGGAGGGAGAGAGGAUCAAGACCGAGAGUGAACAGCUCAAGGAGAAGUUGGCUACAUGUGAGACGGAGCUGAAGACGUAUUCGGAGAAAAUACGGGAUCUGGGCGAGUCUCUGAAGUCGGAGCAGGAGCGGAGUGACCAAGAGGCGCAGCUGACGCAGCAGCAGCUGGAGCAGCUGGCCGCGCAGCUGUCUGCUCUCCAGGAGCAGUCGGAGCGCACUGAGACGGAGCGCGCCGACCUGGAGACCCAGAUCGGCCAGCUGGGAGAACAGCUGCUGGAGAGACAGCGGCGAGUCGAACAGCUGCUCGAGGAACUGAAGACGGUCAACCUGGAGAGCCUGCGCAUGUCCGGCACCGAGGAGCUCGCUAAAGUCACGGAAGGUGAGAAUCGAGGGCCGGCCAAGUCGGGUGUGAGUCGGCAGCUGAUCGGCUCGCCCCGUCAACUGGAGAGCGCUGUGCCCACCAGCAAGAACCCGCACGGCGUCUGGGUCUGAGGGGCGCCCGACCCCUCCCGAGGCCAGGGAGACUACCCGGCCGCCUGGCAGCGCGCUCGCUGCUGCUUACUGUUCCUGCGUCUAGAGUUUGCCACAUAUCGACGCCCUCUGCCGCUAGAUAUUACCGCUUCCGCUCACUAAUCGCUCGCUGUUUGGAUGUUGUGUGCUGUCGGACACGCUUCAGACGCCGCUUUCUGUCGACGUGGAUGUGGCGCUGCUUUGUUGUUCGCGCACAUCCGUGCCCGCGCUUUUUGGCGUCGUUGCCGCUUUUCGCUUCUUGUGCUGCUGCUUGAAUCUUAUUUUCGACGUAGCUUUAGGAUCUUGAACGGUACGCACGCCGUUUUGAAACCUAGUACAACAUUGUUUGGUUGUUUUCUUGCCUUGACCCCGACUUAGUUUACGCUAUUAGUUUUACGUCCUGUCCUGUUGGUCGUGUUUUGUUGUGAGGUCCGCCGCUGGGCGAACACCCCGAGUGGAGCGACAGAACUGUUACCAGAUACGUAUUUAAAGCAUGGACACGACGUGGUACGAUCUUACGUUUACAUUAUAUACAAUAGCCGAUAGGUCUGAGUAGUAAUCUUCACCUUUGUGUGUGCGUGUUUAAUUGACAGAUCAACGUCGUAUUCUGUACAGAUCCCUAUUAUGCCGAGUUUUUAGUCGAUUUGAGUUGUGUGUUUUAGCUGAGCAAGUAUUGCAUGUCAACCUAUGAACAAUCAUUAUAAUCUGUGUUUGAAUUCAGGGCUUAUUUUAGCGUUUGCACGCCUUCAAUUGUGUGUUUAUUUACUAGAUAGCUAGCUCGCCCCCCAGUGUACAUUUGUUUACCGGCGCGUGCCAUAUUGUCGGCCGGUGCCCCCACUGUGCGCCGGCUCGGCCGUGCUGCUGUGCUAUAGACGAGCCAGCGCGUGUGCUGUGCUUCAGAUCAGAGUCUGCGGAGGGUAACUAACGCGCCAGACUGCCCCGUUGCGGGGGCAGAGGCGAGCGUGGGGCGUCUUCUGACAAUCAAACGACGGCCCGGUCCGCCCCCGGGGUGACCGAGAGAGGAGAGAGGGCGGGCCGGGGAGAGUGCGAGAGAGAAUCGACAGAGUGAGAGUGGGAGUUUGUGCGCCUAUUUGCGAUGGUAAUAUACAGAAGACGACUUAA